CAUAUCCCAGCCCACCAGUCUCUUAACACACUUUUAACUGGAGACAGAAGCGGAUCCAGCAAAAGAUUUGGGAACAUGCAAGCAUCGCAAGUGCUCAUUUACCUGGCUCUCUUUGGUGCACUUGCUCGAGUAGGUGGCAGAGAUGGUGCGCACGCGAAUCUGACAGAUAUUAAAACGGAAUCGCUAGAAAAAGGGCCAGAUAGUGACUAUAACGUGUCCGAGUGCUCAGCUUGUAGGUGGAGGAAGGAGAAUAAAGCACUCAGACUGGAGUCUAUCAAAUCGCAGAUUCUGAGCAAACUGCGCCUCAAGGAAGCACCCAACAUUAGCCGGGAUACAGUGAACCAACUUUUACCGAAAGCUCCUCCUCUGCAACGGCUACUUGAUCAAUAUGAUAUCCAAGGGGAUGAUAAUAAUGAUGCCUUAUUAGAAGAGGACGAUUAUCAUGCUACCACUGAAACUCUCAUCACCAUGGCCACGGAGCCUGAACCUAGUGUCCAAGUCGACGACAAACCGAAAUGUUGUUCCUUCAAGAUCAGCCCCAAAAUGCAAUUUAAUAAAGUAGUCAAAGCCCAUCUCUGGAUAUACCUGCGGCCAGUGAAACAAACCACAACGGUUUUUAUGCAAAUUCUACGACUAAAACCAGUGGGGCAGGAAUGGACGAAUCAUACACCAAUUCGCUCUUUAAAAUUCGACAUUAACUCUGGCACUGGCCAUUGGCAAAGUAUAGACUUCAAACGUGUACUACAGAACUGGCUCAAACAACCCGAAUCGAACUGGGGCAUCCAAAUAAAUGCAUCUGAUAUCAACGGACUCGACCUGGCUGUCACCUCCCCGGGAGUGGGGGAGGAAGGAUUGCAACCGUUUCUCGAAGUAAAGGUGACAGAAACAUCAAAACGAUCCAGAAGGAAUCUUGGGCUUGACUGUGAUGAGCACUCGACUGAAUCGCGCUGCUGCCGUUAUCCCCUCACAGUAGACUUUGAGGCUUUCGGCUGGGACUGGAUUAUAGCGCCCAAGAGAUACAAAGCCAAUUACUGCUCAGGACAAUGCGAGUACAUGUUCCUGCAAAAGUUCCCCCACACCCACCUUGUACAGCAGGCCAACCCUAGGGGUUCGGCGGGACCCUGCUGCACCCCAACGAAGAUGUCGCCUAUAAAUAUGUUAUAUUUUAACGGAAGAGAACAAAUCAUUUAUGGAAAAAUCCCAGCGAUGGUAGUGGAUCGUUGUGGCUGUUCCUGAGAACGACCAAAAAGACAGGAGGAUGCGUCCCUACAACUGGACGUGCGAAAUAUGGUCGUGCCAACGAUUUUCUGCAUCACCCAGUACUGUGCAAUAGGCAAAGAAGAGAUUGUAUUUGUGUAUGCUCCCCCCACCCCCAAAGAAAUGAAUAACAUGGGCUGAACAAGAACAGCGAGAUUCGAUACACCUAAUGAAUUCAACGGCCCGGUCUACUAUUCCACUUCAAAAGAGGAGCGAAUACACAUUGCUAGCAAGGCCCCAGCAUCCCACAUAAAACCAUCCAAAUCUGAAUAUGCGCGAACAAUUUCAAUUCCAAAUUUGACGAGUUAAAAGUAUAGGGCAUUUCCGAUGUAUAGAAAAAAAAUGUCAUUGCAUGUGUUUAAAACGAGUUCAGAAGUUUUCUGACAUAGACUUGACACUUCACUCCCCAGAUCAUCAACCAAACGGUAUUCGUGUAUUUGCAACAGAUAAAAACGUUGUACUUCAAUGUUUAACUCUCGGUUCAGAUAAACAGAACAUUUACAUUAUCAAGUCGUCUGAACUACUCUAAACUUGAAUUUUAUGCAUUGGCAUUACGGGAAAGAUGGACUGUCUUUCGAAGCUAACAGAAGCACUAUGUCUGUGGACAACGUUUAAGGCAAAAGACACAGGAAAACCACAAGUCUAAUAAGUGUUAAGACCCUGUUUGAAUUCUGCCUUGGCAACGCUACAGUUUGCACUAUGGCAAGCCAAUAGAGAGAACUGAAUUGGUUGCUACGAAGUUGUAAAAACUGAAUUUGAUAUGACUGCUUUGUUCGUUGAAUAAUAUGUUCAUGACAUUCAUUUUGUAAAUGUUCUUUUUUUUUUCCUUUUCAUUUUUUUCCACGGUUGAUACGAUAUAACAGGUUUAUGAAGAGCAAAGUUUGAUACAACAACUUACGUUAGGUGCUCAGUGAAUAAGGGCGCUUGCUUUUGCUGUAUCUCAAAUAAAAUACACGACAGAAGACACACGAGAGAAAGCAGUAAAAAGGAAAGGGACUUGUAGGUUGUGCGGAUUAUGAACAUAAUGGAAUUGCAAUGGGCGCAAUGGCGCGGCGAUCUCAUUUUCUGAAAUCCAAGAAGCAGUGGUUGAUGGCAGAACAGAGGGGCUAAUGAAGAAUAUGAUAUUGUACAGAAUCAACUUUGUACAUUAUUCGG